AUGUCGCUCACGAAGCUUACCAUCCACUUCUCGAGCAAGCGAUCUACUGAAAAGCCGGUGGACCCUUCGAGACACGCCUUCAAGACGACUAGCACGACACAACAUCAUGUACAGCUCCCAUUCUCGAUGGAUGCUGCGUCUCGGAUCACAUCGAAAACAUCCUCAGCCUCGUCAUCAUCUAGUAGCAGUGGAGGUCGCGCAGAGAUGCUAGACGAGGAUGACAUGGCGUGGGGAUCCCAGUCAAGAAGAAACAAGCAGGAAAGUAGCGUGUGGUUACCCUAA